AAUUAUUCUCCAUCACCCUCUUCCCACGUUGUACGCCGGAUGAGAUAACUCGCCUUCCUCUUCGUCCGGUUUCCAUUUAUGAGGGCUUCCACAAUUCUCUCCAAUUCUGCCCAAUUCUUUUUUUCAACCCCUUUACCGCACCGUCCACUAUACUAUCAAAUUGCUCCUCGAUACAGCGACUUCUAUUUUACUGGCGAACAAACGAUAAACGUGAUUGCGAAUAAGGACUGAGAUAUUUGGGGAUUCUUCGACGUAUCGUGCAGUGCUGGAUCACUGGCCUUUUCUCCGGCGAUAUGCUUCCAUCUGUCAGGUCUUUACAGUUUUGCAAUAAUAGUCGAACAGCUCUUCGUUUCCCCUCCGGAUGUCUAUCAAGUUGCUGUGGUGCAAUUGCCACCCCAAGGCUACUUUUCUCUCCUCGGAGAUAUUCAACUGCCGCCGAUAAGGUGGUAGCGAAGGAGAAACUAGAGGAAGCUCGCCUUAAUGAGUUGGGGGUUCAACAAAUAUCUACCCGGUUGCACUCUCAGAUAUUCAAGAUGGGACACAAGCCCCCACCGCCGGAGCUAGUGGGGCUUGCUCAGGAACAUCUGGAUCGUCAUGAUCUUUAUGGGAAAACCUCAGACGCAGCUCCACCAAUCGAUUUCGAUUUACCUGAAUUACAGGGUAAUACUCUGGACGAACAUUUCACUAGACUUGGGAACGAAGAGUCGGAGCCAUAUCUCACCAUGGCUAACACUUUUGCACUUGGGGGCAUACCGGAUCCACCUAUUAAAUGGGAGCACAGGUCUGGAUGGACGAGAUACAGCGUUGGUGAUGGCGUAGAGUCUCGUGUUUGUUGUGUUGACGCACCGACGGAGGAUGCGGUUGUGUUCGACGUUGAAGUUCUAUACAAACUCUCGCCGUUCCCGAUAAUGGCGUGUGCGGUGAGCAAGGAUGCUUGGUAUGCUUGGCUGUCACCGUGGUUGCUUGGGGAAAACAAGAGUCAGCGCCACCUAAUACCGUUUGGAGAUAUAAACAAGUCGCGAGUGAUUGUUGGGCAUAAUGUUGGUUUUGAUAGAGCACGGGUUCGUGAAGAAUAUGAUUUGGUACAGUCGAGAAAUUGUUUCCUGGAUACGAUGUCCCUACAUGUCGCAGUGAACGGGAUGUGCUCACGCCAGAGACCAGUGUGGAUGAAGCACCAGAAGAAGAGGGAACUUAGGGAAAGGGAAUUGUGGAUUCGGCGGAGUUCGAUAAAUUCAUUACGGGAUGUAGCAAAGUUUCAUUGCGGUAUCGAACUCGAUAAGGAAGUGCGAGGCCGGUUUGGGGGAACGAAUUUGGAAGAUGUGUUGGCCAACUUAGAUGAGCUUCUGAGCUAUUGCGCCCAGGACGCCAUCGCCACACACCUGGUCUAUCGGAAGGUGCUGCCGCAUUUUUUACGGGUUUGUCCACAUCCGGUCAGUUUCGCUGCUCUACGGCAUCUCUCUUCGUUCAUACUCCCGGUCAACAGAUCUUGGGACACAUAUGUUGAAGAGACUGACAAGGCUUACCGGCAAGCCUCGGACGAUGUGAAAAAGCGCCUAGUGGAACUUGCGGAAACAGCACUGGAGGUCAAAGACAAGCCAGAUGUUUAUAUGAAUGACCAGUGGCUAAGGCAGCUUGACUGGUCGGGACAGGAGAUCAAGUUUCUCAAACUGAAAAAGGGGGAGGUGGAACCGAAACCGGCUAAACAGAAGAUGCCUGGAAUGCCUAAAUGGUAUAAGGAUCUCUUUGUGGGGGAUUCUCAGAUCAAUCUCUCCGCUCGGUCUCGAAUUUCCCCCAUCUUACUUAAACUGCAAUGGGACAAGCAUCCUCUGGUAUGGACGGGAAAGUUUGGGUGGACCUUUAGAGUUUCUCGUGAAGAGGCGGAACAAUAUAAGGGCUCACCCCUGGUCGAGUGCGAUUUGUCCGAUGAGAAGAACGAGGCGAUCUGUAACGAUAUCGAUGGCGUCUAUUUCAAGCUUCCGCACAAGGAUGGCCCAGGAUCUCGGUGUUCAACGCCAUUGGCCAAGGGUUACGUUCAGUAUUUCGAAUCGCAAACGCUAUCGUCUGAAUAUCCACUCGCAAGAGAGGCUUUGGAGAUGAAUGCUGCCUGCUCGUAUUGGAUCUCGGCAAGAGAUAGAAUACGGUCACAAAUGGUUGUUCAGAGAAGCGAACUUGAGCAUACGGAAGGAAUGGAGGGUGUGGAAAAAGCAGAGGAAUCCCUGGAUGAUGUUGGGAUUAUCUUGCCUCAGUUGAUACCCAUGGGCACAAUUACAAGAAGGGCUGUGGAAAGAACGUGGUUGACGGCUAGUAACGCGAAGAAGCACCGCCUUGGAUCGGAAUUGAAAGCAAAGGUCAUUGCGCCGCAGGGAUAUGCGUUUGUUGGAGCCGAUGUUGAUUCCCAAGAGCUCUGGAUUGCCAGUCUUCUUGGCGAUGCCCAGUUCAAGAUUCAUGGUGGGAAUGCCCUUGGGUUCAUGACACUCGAAGGAACCAAAGCCAAUGGGACAGACCUGCAUUCCAAGACUGCCAAUAUCCUUGGUAUCUCACGAGAUAACGCGAAGGUUUUCAAUUAUGGCCGGAUAUAUGGUGCUGGGGUCGGGUUUGCCUCGACGCUCCUACGAGCUUUUAAUCCAGCAAUUACAGAUGCCAAGUGUGCCAAAAUUGCGGCAGAUCUUUAUUCGAAGACCAAAGGUCACCAAACUCUGCGCAAGUCCCUGAGCCCCACACGGUUUUGGCAUGGCGGAACUGAAAGCUUUGUCUUUAACACGCUUGAAAAAUUUGCUGACCAGGAACGGCCGCGGACACCUGUCUUGGGCGCAGGGAUAACAGAGGCGCUAAUGAGGAGAAACUUGUCCAGGAAUGGAUUUUUGCCAUCAAGAAUAAACUGGGCGAUUCAGAGUUCUGGGGUAGAUUACUUGCAUUUGUUGAUUGUGGCCAUGGACUACUUGAUUAGGAAGUUUGGUCUGCAGGCGAGAUUGGCGAUCACAGUCCACGACGAGAUCAGGUACCUGGUCAAGCAUGAACACAGGUACAAAACUGCCAUGGCGCUGCAGGUAGCGAACGUGUGGACGAGGGCUAUGUUUUCGGAGCAAAUAGGGAUCAAUGAUCUCCCUCAAUCCUGCGCUUUCUUCUCUGCUGUUGACAUCGAUCAUGUUCUUCGCAAAGAAGUGGAUAUGGAUUGUAUAACACCUACCAAUCCAACCAAAAUCAACCCUGGCGAGUCUCUGAAUAUUUUCGAACUUCUUAAGAAGGAAAAUUCGUUGCUUGACCCGGCGACGGCCAAGGAAAUAGACGUUAGGCAAUUCGGGUAUACUCCGCGUGUUCCUGUUAUGGAAGGCCUACAAGCUGGAGCGGAUAUAUAUUUUAUGAAGGCUCAAAGCUACAGUGAAGACAAAGAGCUCGAUGACAUUGCUGAAAUGACCGGAAAACGUGAACCUAAGAAGCCACCCACGAUAAUAGCUGGGAAUCGGCCGCUGGGAGGCUCCGUGAUUACUGGGGGAAUGGCGGCAAAGAGGACCACGGGAGCGCGGGGACCCUCACCUGCCGCGUCAGCGACUAGGAGGAACUACCGCGAACUCGAGGAUGGCCGGGCCAUCGGGGCCGUCCCCAACCCAACCGGACCAUCGCGUCACAGGCCGGCGAGGGGAAACGACUAA